AUGGUGAGUAAGUACAAGAACAUUGUUCUGCUGAAAGAAUUAGAGGCCAUCAAUGACUAUCACUUCAGCAUAAUUAAGUCCUUACUGAUCAAUGAUUUAAAACUUAAAAUGAGAGAUGAGUAUGACAAAAUUCAGAUUGCUGACUUGAUGGAAGAAAAGUUCCCAGGUGAUGCUGGUUUGGGCAAACUAAGAACUCUUCAAAGAAUACCAACACUGAGAGGCGACCUUGCUGAAACUAUUAGAAAAGUCAAAUUAUUGGUUUUGAAUAAAAUUAAAUCCAUUCCAGCAAAAGGAAAAACCUCAUCAAAGAAGAGGAAGCAGAGAAAAGUAGGUCCAACUAUACCUUUAGCGACCACGGACAAGAAGUUCACAGCUGAAGGAGCAGAGGAGACUCCUAUAGCUCAGAAAAGAAAAAACCCAACCAAAGAAAAGACUGGAACCAAAAGGAGUAAGAUGUCCGAGGAGCAGACUCAGCCUCCCUGUCCUGCAGGAGCUGGCAUGUCCACAGCCAUGGGCCAUUCCCCAAUUCCCAAGACCUCAUCAUCAGCUCCACCCAACACUUCCUCAACUGAGUUACACUUGAUAAAUUUGAUAUUAUCUCUGACAUCAGGAGGUUUUCUGUCCUGUGUUGUUUGGGAGAAAGAUAGAGAGGCUCCAGACCAUGGCUGGGAGCAAGCAGACUCAAAAGAUGGCAAUACCUUAAAGGAGAUUGUUGAGAGAGAAACAAUGACCGUUGAGACUGGAGUAAAAGAAUAA